UUCAGUUACCGAUGCAGGAAGGUGUGAACUUCAGUCAAAAGCCAGAGCAAUAUCUCUAUCGGAUAAACUGGACACUUCUAUCUACUUCUGUGAUUCCACCAGUGGACGCAGCAUCCACUUUUCAAUUUGUAAGUCCUAUGUUUUCCUUUUUCUGUACUUUUAUAUGUGAACGUUGAUGUGAAGGGCAGCACCGGUGUGACCCAGACAUGGCUGAGGCGCCCCCACCGCAGGUACAGCCUGUCGAUAUUGACCCGGACUUUGAGCCCCUGCCCCGCCCGCGGUCCUGCACCUGGCCCCUGCACCGCCCGGAGCUCGUCGACCCCGCCGGGUCCAACACAUCCUCCCCGGCGCCGUCAGUGCAGCAGGAGCCCGGAGGAAAUGCGGAGUUCAUCAGCAGCCUCGGCUUGUUGGAAGAGAACUAUGAAGAAUACGCAGAGGAUAAAGCACACUGCCAUGUUUUUCACCACCACCACCACCAUCAUCAUCUGCAGCAGCAGCAGCAGCUGCCGGGUCCCCAGCUGCCGCCUCAGCAACAGGUGUCUCCUUCAGGGGUCCCACCCUUGGGCGCCUCCGGUCAGAGGAAGAUCAGCUCGUCCCGUCGCAACGCCUGGGGUAACAUGUCCUACGCUGACCUCAUCACCAAAGCCAUAGACAGUUCACCUGAGAAGAGGCUGACCCUGUCUCAGAUCUACGACUGGAUGGUGAAGAGUGUGCCCUACUUCAAGGACAAGGGAGACAGCAACAGCUCUGCGGGCUGGAAGAACUCCAUCCGACACAACCUGUCGCUGCACAGCCGCUUCGUGCGCAUACAGAAUGAAGGGACGGGGAAAAGCUCCUGGUGGAUGCUGAAUCCUGAAGGAGGAAAGAACGGAAAGUCGCCUCGACGCAGAGCCGUCUCCAUGGACAACAACAAUAAAUUUAUCAAGAGUAAAGGAAGAGCCACAAAGAAAAAGAUGUCUUUGCAGGAAAGCGUGGAGGGGGAAGGAAGCAGCCCAGGCUCCCAGUACUCUAACUGGCUGGGAAGCCCAAAGUCCCACAACAACGAGGACUUUGAAGCCUGGAGCUCUUUCAGAACCCGCACCAGCUCCGACGCCAGCACUCUGAGUGGACGCCGUUCUCCGUUUCCUUCUGAGCAGGAGGAUAUCGUGGAGUCUGACGGACUCAUGCUGUUCCCCGCCACAUCUGGGACCAAGAUAACUUCCAGCCUUCCCAGCCUCUCUGAGGUGUCUGGAUCCAUGGGCCAACACGGCUCAGAAAGGGUCAUGGAGAGUUUGCUGGAUAACCUCCACCUGCUGUCUCCUAAAGCCCCCCAGCACGGCUCAGACUCGCCACGUUCCCCGAACAACGCCGGGCUUCAGAGCGGCUCCUACGGAUCUCCUGGCAUGAUCCAGGACUACAGUAAGUGCAUGUACAGCCAGGUGAGGCUGAACUCUCUGUCGCCUGUUCCCAUGCAGACACUUCCAGAGAACAAGCCUGGAUUUGGAGGUUAUGAGAACCAGUACAUCUGUCCAGCCGGACUCCUCAAAGAGCUACUGACCGCUGAUGCGGGCUCCAGUAGAGACAUAAUGCCUUCCAGUGACAUAAGGGUGUCUGACACUGGAAGGGUAAGUAGUCUCAUGUCCGCUUACAGCAGUCACAAGCAUAUAGCGAGUCAUCCUGGUAUUAAAAUAAUUACCCCUCCUCAGAGUCACCCAGGUCUACAUGUAAACCCACAAUCUAUACAUAGGCAAGGUCCUUCUCCCUCAAGAGACUUGAAUAGUUGCAACAUGAUACCCUUGGCUAGCCUGACUACUGUCUCAGGGCCUCCCCAACGACUAAACAGGCUGAGGACUUGCAUGCAGCCUCCGCAAGGACAUCUAGCACACACUAAUGACUUUUCAGCGAGCUACACCAACAGCUACAAGGAACUGAACUUGGUUCACCCUCACAGCCAUCAUCAGGAGCGGCUACCCAGCGACCUGGACAACAUGCCCAUAGAGAGGUUGGAAUGUGACCUGGAGUCGGUCCUCCAUGACACCCUCAUGGAUGGCGGGGCGCUAGACUUUAAUUUCGACCCUGCAGCUGGAUUUCCCCAAAGAGUGAAGAGCACCUCGCACAGCUGGGUGUCUGGUUAGGAUUCGUAAGUGGAAGAAAAAGAGGAGGAAUUAGUGCCACCUUGGAUGGUAUCAUGCAAGGGAAAUGUGUAAAUAUAGCAAUUGUUCUUCUCUACAUAACAUUAUUAAGAAAAGCAUGCCUCUACUGUAUAAUAUUUAAGACUAAAGCUGUACAAUAAGCAUCCUGUUGUAGAGAUUAAAGCCAUUAUGAAAUGAGAUGCAGAACUGAUAGGAAGACAUUUGCUGCAUAAGCCAAUAAAUAAGACUUUUGUAUAUUUCUUUGUUAAAAUUGAAAACGUAUAUAGUUUUUUUUUUUUUACUUUAACAUACAAAAAGUCUGAAGACUUUUCAUUCUGACCACCACAGUGAGGUUUAGGUCAUUUGCCCAUCAAUAGGAAAUUGAGGGACUUUAUAGCACAAAAGUUAAAAAUCUAAAGUUACAUUAAAACAUAUUACUAAACUCUUGGCAGGCUUUUAUUGAUCAAUAGAUGAUGGUGAAAUUUACCUAUAAAUCUUUAACAGUUAAGGACCCAGAUGUGUGUAGAGUAUAUUUAAGAAGUUUUAGCACAAUGAAAUUUAGGGGAAAUCACCAGAAUACCAAAGUAAUAAAAUUUGAAAAUAACAAAACGAAAGAAAUGAAGUUAAACCGGACACUUUAAGAUCUUUUCUGUACCAGUUAGGAAGAUGUAACCCAACAUCAUUCUGCCCAGACACAAUAUUAAAGUGAAAUAUUUCUGAAUCCAUAAUCUCCUCCCUCCAGCUGCUGUCACACUGUUUCUUAUUUUUCCAUGUUUGCUGAUAUUUAGGCAUUUGGCUCUAAAUGUGAGAAAAUGAUGCAUAUUUCACGGAACAUCAAUCAUCAUAUCCGUGAAGUAUGAACUACUGUUUUGUACAGUGCAGGCGCAUCGGUAUGAAGGAUGUAAAUAUUAGUGUGCUACUGCAUAAGGACAUAUUAUGUUGCCUUUUCUGAGAUUUCACUGUCUUGUUCUUUUUCUUCAGUGCCUGAUAACGCCCUGACCAUCUAGAGAUAAAAGUCUGAUUCACUCUAUGCAGUCCAUAAAUUGUUCCUGAGUGGUCAAAUAAGCAGAAAUACUCAAAAUAAUAAGUCAGAGCCUCCUCUAGUUUGGCAUACCAAAUGGUAAAUCUUCACCAGCGCAGACAGAGCUUCUGCACAUCAUGUCAGGUAACAAUUAGGUAACAUUAUUAUUGGCUCAGUGCUGCAGAAUAUGUAUUUUACACUAGUAGACGCAAAUAAAGUCAAAGGUUUAGCGUUAUUUAAUCAAAGCUAGGUGACGUAAGCCGCUGAAAUGCAAGGCAGCUAUGGAACAGGGCAAGGGAGCAUUAUGAAUGAGGAAGAGGAGUCGGGAGGAGUUGAUGAUUAGCUUAAUGGUUUUAGCUUUUGAAAACAGGAUAAAACAUCAUAAAUCAGGAUAUCUGAAAUUAACCCAGCAUUUGUACAUUUUGAAUGAAGGUAUUUAUUCUUUAUUUCAUAUUUAUAGAUGAUAGAUUCCCCCUUUGUGUUUUACUGGUGUGGAAAUACAUGUGAUUAUGCUGUCUGUGCAAAAGGGUGGAUCGUAUUAGAGUUGCUUUUGUUUUUCAUUUAUAUCAAACUUCUUUCAACAAAUGACGUUACAGAAAAAGAAGAAAUGGCAUAAUGUAUGUAUUAUAUUUUGAAGAAGUUGCAUAUAUUUCAAUCAAUUACAAUUGUUUUUCUCUUAUAUGCAAUUAUGUUUUUUUUUCUCUUA